CCUUUGGGCGAGGCUAAACAAGCCAUGCUCUCUUCCUGUAUGCCGGGGUAGGCGACCACCGGUCGGCGUGCAGAAUUAGGGUUCAUGGUUUGUGUUUGCUGAUGUUGCUGUUUCCAUGUCAAGAAUUCCUAGUUUCAAUUCCAAGCUCUCUGGCGUGAUCCUCAGUUUUGCAUUCAGCUUCGUCAUGGCCGCCGAGAUCAACAAGGAGGCUUUUGUGGAGCUUCAAGGAAGGCUGGUGGAGACUACCUCGAAACUAAAACAUGUCCAAGCACAAAUUCGGAGCAAGGAGGCUGAGAAGAAGCGCGCGUUUCUGACACUGGAAGAGUUGGGGAGCCUGCCCGAAGGAACUAACACGUACCGAACUCUUGGAAAAGCGUUUGUGCUGGAGCCAAAAGAUGAGCUUAUUAAAGAGCAGCAGACUAAAGCUGAGGAGAGUGACAGUGCGAUUGCCACACUAGUGGGUUCGAAGGAGUACUUGGAGAGACAAAUGAAGGAAGUUGAGAGCAACUUCAGAGAGUUGUUACAAAACUCUCCCGAACUUGCACGUCAAGUGAUGGCAAUGUCUGUGUCAUGACUUAGAUAUGCUCUUUCAAUGUACGGCAUUAAAAAUUUCAUUCUUCUACCGUAACAUAGUCGACUUCAGAGCAAUGAAAUCUAUGUGGAUAGACCUUGUAGUUUGAAAAUAAGGUUGAACAAAUCCAAGGGAACUUGUCUGCUGCAAUUUAUGGUUUUGUUUAGUGAUGAAUGAAGAUCACUUUGGUUGCAUUCA